AUGCUCGACCACCUGCGUUCCUUGGUAUCCGAAAACCGAUGUCGUUUCAUUGAUGAGCACACCAAUCUCGACCUUAGUUAUGUCACCGAUCGCAUCAUAGCAAUGUCGUAUCCAUCCAGUGGACUGGAAGGGCUGUACCGCAACUCUUUCAAAGACGUAAAAAGGUUCCUUGAUACUCGACACAGAAAUCAUUACAAGGUCUACAACCUGCGCUCGGAGAAGCAAUAUCGACAUGAGCUAUUUGAAGGUGCAACAGUGGUUCUUUUUGGAUUUGGUGAUCAUCAGGCUCCUCCUUUUGAGUUGCUGGUUCAAUUCUGCAAGGAUGCCAAGACAUGGCUGGAUAAGGAUACGAGCAACGUCGUGGUGAUCCAUUGCAAAGCUGGUAAAGGAAGGACCGGUACCAUGAUCGCCGCACUCCUCUUGUACCUUGGAUACGCAACGGAUGCCGAUGAAGCUAUUCAAGUAUAUGGCACAAAACGCACUACAGAUGGAAAGGGCAUCACUAUCCCAAGCCAGAUACGAUAUGUCCAUUACUUUGAACGCUGGAUGAAGAAGGAGAAUGCACCAUUCAUGCCGAACACAAAGACAACCAUACACAUUACCCAAUUGGCAAUUUGCAAUAUACCACAAGCAUGGUCUCGUCAUGCGAGCCUAUCAAUGACGAUCGAGAUUGAGCAAGUUGAAAUCUUUGAGACUGAUAAGAUGGAAGUUACAAGUGACAACACGAUCCUCAUGCCGCUACCUGCCGUGCCUGUCAAAGGCGAUUUCAAAAUGACGCUUUUUACGAAAGGAAGGAUUUAUUCAAAGAGAUACUUGUGCCACUUUUGGUUGAAUACAAGCUUUGUUUCCGCAUCAUCAUCAGCAACAAUCAUACUAGCAAAGGACGAGAUCGAUGGCGCCUUUAACGAUACCCAUUGCCGGCAGUUCCCCAAGGAUUUUGCCAUCCAGAUCCAGUUUUCUUCCAAUAGAGACCUUGAAUAA